CUCCAAUGUACAGAAGCGCCGCAUCUUCAAAGAACUACUACUACAGCGCUCAGGAGAGAUCCAAAUCGAAAUCGUACAGGACAAUGCUGCAGACAUAAUGUUACAAAGCAAGGACGUGGCUUCCCAGUGGAGUCUUGGACUCUUAACAUCGAUUAGAACUGGUAGGCGAAGCCCCGACGCUGCCUUGAAAAAACUGCAGCUUACUAACCCUAACGAAAAUGAACUAAGAGGCGGCUCAGUCGUAGUUCUUCCCGGUGGCCAGGGCGAGCACUACUCUCUAAAGGAAGAAGGAAACCAGGGCUGGGAGACCGAC